GUUUGCGUAGAAACUGCAACACUUAAACACGGAUUAAGUGGGUAUCAACCUGAGAUUGGCUUGUUUGAAUACUUUCUCCCCUUAAACUGGUGCCAAAUCACAGACUACGGGAGCCUGGCGCUUGGAAAGCGCAGUGGAUUAUACAGCCUCCUCUGUGCGUCCCGCCUCUCUCCGCGCAACAUGUUUAAAAAAGCUUUACUGCGGCUCUUGAACGCAGCUCAAAUCCCGCUCGAUGUUGACUCAAAUUUUGUACCAAACCAGUUAAGUCAGUUCCGCAUCAGCGUCUCAGAAGCAGCAGCCAUGGCUGGGGCUCCUCCUGUUAUCAUAUGGGAGCGUGAAGUUGAGAGCCUGUUGCAUUACAAAGAGCUGAUCCCCCGUCUGGAGGAGGCUUUAGGUAAGUUCUCCAGCCGGGACAGCGCGGAGGUUAUCCAGCCUGUGCGCUCCACGGUGCCCCUGCAGAAACACAACGGGUUUCUGGGGCUGAUGCCUACAUACAUGGAGAAUGACGGAGUCCUGUCCACAAAGUUAGUGUGCUUCUACAACAGGGGGGCUGGCUCCACUUUGCCAUCAGUGUCAGCCACAGUGUUGCUGCUGGAUCCCGAGUCCGGGCAUAUGAAAGCUGUCAUGGAUGGAGAGGCAAUCACUAACAUGCGUACUGCUGGAGCUUCAGCAAUCUCGGCUAAGCUGCUGAUGCGCCAUGGAGCCGAGGUUCUGGCCAUCUUGGGGACCGGCCAACAAGCCCUGAGUCACUAUAAAGCCUUCACUGAAAUGCUUUCAUUUAAAGAGGUGCGGGUGUGGAACCACAGAAGGGAGGGAGCGGAGAAGUUUCGCCGCUCAGUUGGCGGUCCCGUGACGGUGUGUGGUUCAGUGGAGGAAGCAGUGAGGGGAGCGGAUGUAAUAGUAACAGUAACCAGGUCUAUAGAGCCAGUGCUGUGUGGCCGGUGGGUCAAACCAGGGGCCCAUGUGGCAGCGGUGGGAGCUUGCAGGCCAGAUUGGCGGGAACUGGAUGACUCAUUGAUGAAGGAGGCUGUGGUGUAUGCUGACAGCAGGGAGGGAGCAAUGGCAGAGUCCGGUGAUGUCAUCCUCUCUGGGGUUGAGGUGUUUGCAGAGCUCGGAGAUGUUAUUAAUGGGAUCAAACCUGCUUACAGAGAGAAGACCACCGUGUUUAAGUCCCUUGGAAUGGGAGUUGAAGAUGCAGUGGCUGCUAACCUGGUAUACGAGCAGUGGAAAGCCAAAGCCUACAAACUGUGAAGCGGCCAUGUACUUUUAACCUUUACACAUCACACAAAUGACCAAGAAUAAAGCCAUAGAAGAACAAUUAUCAAGGAGCAAAAGAAAUAUGUCUGGCCUUUCCUCAGAGCUUAUUUUAAUAUUAAGUUUAGCUGUUAGCCGAUGAAUCACAAAGUCAGGGUAGGGAAGAAAGCAGAUAACUGACUUAAGUAAUAUCGAGGAACCUGAACAAAUCUACAACUGCACGAGUUAAGUGAGGCUGUGAGAUUAACAUGCUGAUGUUCCUCUACUGUGGUUAUAGUGUUCACCACAUUGUUUAAUAUGGUACACUAAUACUCGGAAAUAAUAGACCACAAUUGAGGCAGACUCAAAUGUCUGUUUUUUUUAAACUUUUGUAACACUUUCCCACCUUGGUUGAAAGAAAAAAUCUGGAGUAAAUCCAAGUUGAAAGGAAAUGAUUUAUGCAUGAAAAAAAAUACGUUGGCUGACACUAAUAAAUUUGGAUCCUUGUUUUGUUUUUAAUUUAAUGUUGUUGAUCAUUAAAGUGUCGGGAGGUAUGAACCAUGUUCUGGUUCCAAGCGGGGACAGAAAAAGUUGACAACUGCUGCUGCGCUACAAGAGAUGGACAGACCAGCGGCUCCAUGUCGUCUGUUAAUUUACAGGAAGCUCUGAGACUCUUUUUGUAGUUUUGCUUCUGUACACCGCUUCCAUUGUGGUGGAGUACAGAAGCAAAACUGAGUGUUAAUGGGGCAUUUUCCCCCUUUUUAAAAUUUGGACUACUCCAAUCAAAGCAUUUCAUUGGAAAUAGUAACAUUUUUAAACCUU